GACCAUUCAUCACCGCGCUCCGUCGUGCGUAUCCGACGAAAGCCAUCACCGCCUACAUCCGCUCAUCCACUCAUGAUGACGAAUUUCAUCGUCUCAAUGUCAGCGUUGUGCGUGGGAUGGUAGAGGAGACGGAGAAGCUCGUCGACGAGGUCUCCCGACACGACAUGGUCGUUGACAUGGCCAACUCGGACGAUCCACAAAUCGCGGAGGCCGUACUUCGGGGAUUCAGGGCGAACGGUGAUCGAAAGGGGAUUUGGAUACAUCUGAGCGGUGCAGGCGUCUUCGCGGACGGUGGAGUGACGGGGAAUUCGAGUGAGAAUGGGAAGUACUGGAGCGUGAGUAUUGUCACUUCCACGCCGCAGCGACGGCCCUAAAGACUCAUACGUUGUAGGAUCUCGACACAGAUGACAUCAAGUCGAUCAAUGCUAACAAGAAGAAUGGCGCUAUGGAUGAUAUGUGCGUUGGCACGCGUCUCAUCUCUAGCUUGAGCGUUAACAGUAUGUCAGGAUACUCAAGGCUGCGGCGAAGG